UCUGGAAGAAAGAAAAGUUGACACCGUUACAAAACAAAGAAAAACUGACGCUGCUGACCGUCCCCCUCAAGUUCAUUUUUCUAUGUUAUUAUUUUUUGGUCCGAAAACACUUUGGAAUUGAAAUUUUUAAUUUAAUUUAUUUAACGCGGAGGGAUUCUACAGCCCUCCUCGUUCUCUUCUCCAUUUGGCUCUGAGAACCCUCGUCGUCGAAGAAUCAUCAGCUUUGUUAUGGCCGCCGCCGACUUCGGUCUCUGAAAUUUCGUUUUCUCCUUUGGAUUUGGCAGUCGGAGAAUUCAUGCUUAGCAGAAAGUUGAGAUGAAAAAUGGAGGGAAGCUUUUUAGUAUGGAUAAAAGUGAAGGGUCGGGUGGCCCUGGUUGGGGCACUUCGCUUUUCAUGCAAACAACGGAAGAUGUUGCAAGAGCAGUUGCUGCUGCCGCGGCUGCUGCUACUGCCACACGGCCGUCAGUUGUAUAUUCCUCGAAAGAAGAAGAUGGUGGUAGUCCACUUCAAAGACUACAACGCCAGUUUAAUAAAGUGCUAAAAGGCUUCUCAAGUCCUCCUGAAGUGAAAACAGGAAGAACUUACAAUCCAGAAGUUUUGACUAGCCAGAAGCGUCAAUGGGCAAACUUUCAGUUGCAGCACUUGGAUCAUAGGUCUUUAAAGGAGCCAACAAGGCUUUUCGAGAGCAUGGUAGUUGUGGGGCUUCACCCUAACUGUGAUAUCCAGGCACUCCAAAGGCAAUAUUUUGCAAGAAAGUCUGAAGGUGCAGGAAGAUUGCGAAGUGCACUUGGUAACCAGAAUCAAUCUCGAGUAGAACCCAAUAUUGAACCUCAGGUGUUAUUGGUUUACCCUCCGGAAAAACAGCUGCCUCUUCAAUACAAGGAUCUCAUUUCAUUUUGCUUCCCAGGAGGCCUAGAGGUUCAUGCUGUUGAGAGAACUCCUUCCAUGAGUGAGUUGAAUGAACUUCUUCUGGGGCAGGAGCAUUUUAAACAAAGCGAUCUGUCCUUUGUAUUUCGGUUACAGGUUGCUGAUGACUCAACUCUGUAUGGAUGCUGCGUGUUAGUGGAAGAAUUGGUGCAAAAACCCUCUGGAUUGCUUUCCAUGAUUUCUGAAAAACAUCCUUCUCGCCCGUCUCUGAGUCGUCAUAUAUUAACCACUCGGAGAUGUUAUUGCAUUCUUUCGAGGAUUCCUGCCUUUGAGUUACAUUUUGGUGUAUUGAAUAGCAUCUUCACAGAAGAAAGGUUGGAACGAUUAACAAAAGGUAUUGGUCUUUUGGAUUUAGAAUCCCCAAAGGAUAAUAGAAAUGAUGAAAAUUUAGAGGAAAAUACAGAAGAAAUUCCAGACACUGGAUCACUAAAUAGUAGAACAGCGGACAUGGUAAAUGGCACAGCAGAAUUUUGUCAGACAAGCCUAAAAGAUGAUUCACCUGAGAGAGUUGUUGUUGUUCCAAUUCAUCCUGAAACCGAGAUGGUCAGUUCCAAGAUAAAAUCUUGUGUGGCAAAUACAGAAGUUUGUGAGGUCUAUGCUGAUGAUUUCUCUACAAACAAGCCUGCUUUUGAAAGGCGAUUACCAAAUGCUGUUCUACCUCUCUUGCGUUACUAUCAGUAUGAAAGUUCUGAUUCUUCCUCCAGUCUUCAGGGUUCUCCUAGUGAAGACAGGAAUUUUAGGAGUGAUGUCGAUGAUAUAGAGACGGAAGAGGCAUCUUUCUCCGGCCAAGACGAUUCUGAUCUCAUUGAUAUUCUUGAAUGGGCAAAGGCAAACGAUCAUGGAUCACUGCAGAUAAUAAGUGAGUACUACCAGUUACAUUGUCCUGCCAGAGGCUCCACAAUUAGAUUCCAUCCUUUGGAGCACCUGCAUCCCUUGGAAUAUUAUAGACCAGAUGAAACAGUUUUACAUAUUUGUGGCUCAACCAUUGAUUUGAGGUCCUGUAGUACAAGUCUGGAAUUUGCUGAGGCGCACAGCGCACUCCUGGCAGAGGAGGAAGCAACUGCAUUAUCAGUAUGGGCUAUUGCAUGCAUAUGUGGCUCCUUACGUCUUGAAAAUGUAUUAGCAAUGUUUGCAGGAGCACUGUUGGAGAAGCAAAUUGUAAUUAUUUGUUCCAAUUUGGGUAUCUUAUCUGCUUCAGUGUUGUCCAUUAUCCCUCUAAUUCGUCCCUACCAGUGGCAAAGCCUACUAAUGCCAGUUUUACCAAGUGACAUGAUGGACUUUUUGGAUGCACCUGUUCCGUACAUAGUUGGGGUGAAGAACAAAACACAUGAAGUACAGUCCAAACUAUCUAAUGUAAUUCUGGUUGAUGCCAACAAGAACCAGGUGAAGUCACCAACAAUACCUCAUUUGCCACAACAUCGGGAAUUAUUUUCAGCAUUAAGUCCUUAUCAUGCAAAGCUUGUGGGAGAGAGUUUUUUGGCUAGGAAAAGACCAGUGUAUGAGUGCACAGAUAGAACAGGUAUUUUCUGCUUUUUUCUUUUUGUCGGAGUC